AUGGAUCAAAAGAAAAAUAAAACAACUAGUCUCUUUUCUACGGGCUCUCCUUUUAUUGAACAAACAAAAUUUGGUGUAAGGUUGAGUCCUUCCUAUAACACUAGAUGGUCAGCACCAUCGGACAUUCUUUUUCAAAAAUUUCAUGGAAAUAUUAAUGUUCCUAAGAAAAUGGAUGAUAUAAUUCAAUCUCUUUCUGAGUUAGAUGCGAAGCUUACGGAGCUUUCAAAACUGGUAUUACCGAUUGGGCUUCAGACAGGAAGUGCGAUUAACCUAGAGGAAAUUCAAGGGCUUUUCAGAAAUGAUUGGGUAUUGAAUGACCCAAAGUAUUUAAAAUUCAAAGCCUUUGUUGAGAAUCUGAAACAGGGUCUCUUAACUCUUCAGCACAACAAGCAAGGUACUUUGAAGGAAUUAUAUGAAAACAAUACAUCAACAUUUAUGGCCUCCAAUCAGUGCACAGCAAGAGAUUCUGAAAUUGAUCAGCUUCAAUCAGGAUCGCCAAAACGCCGGUCGUUUACCUUGCUGGACGUCAAUGAUUUGGCUACUGCAACUUAUUUACUUAGCCAGCUUUUGUUGGAAUACGGUCAUUUAAGUAACUGGAACCAUUCUAGAGAUGCCAUGGUGUUUGAAUCUAUGUCAUCUUUCGCCAGAGAAAUUGAUAAAUUUCGUAAAUCUAUCAACUAUAGCAUCAUUCACACGAAGGAAAGAUAUCUAACUCUGGAAGUCGAAAAUUCUCAAAGGAGUAAAGAAAUGAAUGUUGUUAAAGAAUCUCUUCUUCAGAAUGAAAAAACGCUUGCUGCCAAAGAAAAAAGAUUAAAGGAUCGUCAACUUGAGAUGCGGGCUCUUCAGCGAAAGAUUGAGAGCUUAAGAAGCUUAAACUGGGGCCUAACUGCUAGGGUGAACCAACUGACGAAAGAAUCCCAAGAACAUCAACAGUCUUCCGAAGUUCUUCUGAGAAACUACGAUACUCUAAAAGAAGAAUCAAAUCAGCAAUUAAAGGACAAGGAAAUAGAGAGCAUGAAAUUGACAGAGCUGGAAGCCUUGGUAAGGAGUUUAGAAGACGAGAAAGCAAGCAAUUUAAAAGAGGAGAAUGAGCUUCGAGAGACAAUAAUUCAACAAGAGAAGGAUAUGCAACAGCUAAAGAACUCACUUAACUAUGAAAAGGAUUCGAAAGCGUGUUUAGCUAUGCAGUUAGAACAACUUCAUUUACAAAUUUCCCAACUAAACAAAGAUAUUAGCCUUAAAAACGACGAUCUUUCAACUGCGAAUAUGUCUUUGAAAUCAAAAAAUCGCGAUAUUGAUGGUAUAAAGGAAGAACUGACCAAGCAAAAAGCUGACUAUAUUUUUCAAGUAAAUGCAAAUAAGCAAAGAUAUGAUCUCCUGCAUGAAAGUUUCCAAAAGGAAAGUCAGGAGAAGGCUGACCUGGAUCUUCAGAACCAGUCUUUGCAUAAUGAAAUUAUUCUUCUUCAAACUGAAAUUGAACAGCGCGACUUUGAAAUUUCAAAAUUGAAUGAGCUAUUGAAUAGGGAUGAAACACGAAGGGAUGAAACCAAUGAGAAACUAAACCGCAUGUGUCGAGAAAAAACUGAUUUAGUAUCUAAAUUGCAACUCCAGAAACAUACCUACGAACUUCAUAAGGAGAAGUAUGAAAAAGUCUUAAGAGAUCUGAAUAAUAAAACUCAAGCUGAAAUUGAAUUUAAAAAAGAAAAGAGCCGUUUGGUCUCCGAAUUGGCUUGGAUUAAAUCAGAGAAGGAAACAAUGACUUCCGAAAUUGCUGAGAGUACGAAGAAGUUAGGAAGGUUCCAGGAGCAAACUAAGGAACUCGAAAUUGAGCUUUCAAAGUUGCAGUCCAACCAUCAGGAAGUACUCUUUAAGUAUAAUACACUAAUGAAUUCAUCAGAGGCAAUGAAAGAACAAAUCAAGGAUCAGUCAGUGUUUCAAAGAGAAAUUGAGAAUUUUAACCAGCAAAAAGACACCCUUCAACGAUUUUUACUUUUUUCAGCUCAAUGCUUUGAAUUGGAUACCAAUGCGGAUGUGAAUGAGUUUUUCAGAGAUCUCAAAUCUGGCAUGAAAUGUUUCCAGUUACUAUUUAACAUGUAUAAAAGGUUAUGUAAACAAUGUGAUCUUCCUUUUAUAAUGAGUACCAAGCAGUUGAACGAGAAAGAAUUGACUAAAGACAUACGGAUGUUGUCAGCAAAAGUUAGCACUUUACGGGAGUUGUAUGUUCAAAAAUCCAAAGAAGUAAAGAAAUAUGAUCUAGCGCUAAAAGCUUUCAUUGAUGAAAAGGCCUUGUUGGCUAACAAUGCAACUACAAGCAUGGAGUCUCCAUUACAAGGAAUGGAAAAUAAAAUCACAAAUCAUGAAAGUCGAGUAAGUCAGUUGAUUAAAAGCUUUGAUACCCCUCGAACUUCCCCUAUCAAACAGUCCUCGUUAGAAUCGAUGCUUAAAUCACCUCCAUCGUAUGAAGAAUCAACAAAAGCUCAAAUUGAGCAGUCCUCAAAGGACCUUAGACGGGGUUCUGUCGCAAUUAAUCAGACAUUAUUGAGGGAAAACAAGUUUUUGAGGAUUUUGGUUGAUCGCCUUAAUAAACUUACCGGAAACACUCCAUAUGCUGAUACAGAAAUGCAUACGGGAGUUGAAUGUUUGACAUAUAAAUCACUGGAAGCAGCCUUCGAAACACUUUCCGAUAGUAAACGAUCCCUCCUAGUUGAUUUGGCGGAAACAAAAAACCAACUGCAAGAAGUAAACAAAAGGUAUCGAGAUUUAAGCCUAGUUUUAGACGAUGAAUUUCCUCCCAAAGUGGAACGCAUCCUGGAUAACUUCUCUCCACAUGGUGAGCAAAUCAGCAGUGAAAUUCUAGUUCGAAAGUGUCAAGAACAGCUUUUAGAAGAGCUACGCAACGUUCGUAGCUUGGAGAAGUUGUUAACUGAAGAAAGAUUAAAAUCUAAUGAACUUUCUAUUCACCUGCAAAGGCAACACGAAGAAUUAGAAGUCUAUAAAUGUAAAGGAAAGGUGGAGUAG